AACCCAGUUUUACCAGGAUUGUCGCUGAAUCUUAUGUUCCUGGUUUUACCAGAACUGUCAUUACCUCUUACCUGGUUUUAUCAGAAUUGUCGCUGGAUCAUAUGUCACCUGUUUUAUCAGGACCAUUAUUAUACGUUAUGUCUACAUUAUUUUCAACGCUAGUAGACAUCAAUUCUCCUAUUGAUUUUUUAUUAUCUCUAGUCACCAAUUUUAGUAGUGAUCAUCAGCCUUCUGAGCAAGGGUCCUUAAUAGAAAAUAAUAACAUCAAUAAUGGAAUUAUAAUCAACACAGAUUUAAAAGAAAGUGAGAAUCCAAUAGAUACUUCAGGAUUAAAUAAUGACAUAACCUUUGUUAGAACUAGUCAAAAGGAUGAAGAUGUAAUACAAUGUGCUACUUUAGAAUGUUCAAGAUCAGGUAUUCACAAUCCUCAAAUUACUUCAUUUGUGGAUAACCAUAAUUAUGUGCUUAGCACAACUAUUUAUGAAAUAGCACCAAGAUUCAGAAAAUUAACACCAAAAAUGUUAUCUGAUAUUGAAAAAUAUGUAAUUCAAGGCUGGAUGGACUCUGGAUCUAUUUACCCUUUAUUUAAACAUGACUAUCCCAAUAACUCCAUCUUUAAAAAAGAUCUUUACAAUGCG